AUGGCGAAACUCAAGGCACAUGAAGAACUCUCCACUAAUGCGAAUACUAUCAAAGCUCGCAACUGCGUCUCCAACCUUACUGAAGAUGAGAAGGCUGUUCACUUAGCACUCAAGGCUGACCAUGCUGAUCUGAGCUACUACUUAAAGAAGUUAUAUAAGUCUGCAAAGUACAAGACACGUCUACAGAAUGAAUUGAAGGUUGAGCGUAUUUGUGUUCGGACUGAGAAGGGUACCCAUGCAUCUUGCAUUGCGAAUCAGAAAGUCAAGAAUAUUAGCGCCUCUUCUUCUCCACAAGCCCCACCAUCUACUCCGCCCAAACAACUUCUGUCUGAGCUUGCUGCAUUUGAGGGUAUCUCAACGCGAGAUAUUUUAAAUGACGAGGCUGUUCUACCAGAUGAGCUUUCCGAUGAAGAGAUCACUAGCACCCAGGCUCUCUUAACUCAAGCGCACAUUGAUGCCCAUGAAGAGUCCAAUUUCCGCAAGUGGCAACAUUUCUGGGAUAGCUGUAUCCACUCAUAUACGAGAAAGGCUGGAAAGCUGAGAAAGAAGCCUGAGCGUCUCUUUGAGUAUAUGCCGUGGAUUGAUGUAGAGGAAGGCUUCAAAGAGGCGUUCUUACUUGUCUACUCUAAGAAGUUUGAUAAGGAAAAGUGGGCUAAGGUAUCAGCUGCACAGGAUAUGUUGUUCCUGGAGCUAGAGUAG